GCCCCCCAGUCCUCCCUCCCCUCCCCUCCAGCAUGGUGCUCGCGGCCCCGCUGCUGCUGGGCUUCCUGCUCCUCGCCCUGGAGCUGCGGCCCCGGGGGGAGGCGGCCGAGGGCCCCGCGGCGGCGGCGGCGGCGGCGGCGGCGGCGGCGGGGGCCGGGGGGGAGCGCUCGAGCCGGCCGGCCCCGUCCGCGGCGCCCGAGCCCGACGGCUGCCCCGUGUGCGUGUGGCGGCAGCACAGCCGCGAGCUGCGCCUGGAGAGCAUCAAGUCUCAGAUCCUGAGCAAACUGCGGCUCAAGGAGGCGCCCAACAUCAGCCGCGAGGUGGUGAGGCAGCUGCUGCCCCAGGCGCCGCCGCUGCAGCAGAUCCUGGACCUGCACGACUUCCAGGGCGACGCGCUGCAGCCCGAGGACUUCCUGGAGGAGGACGAGUACCACGCCACCACCGAGACUGUCAUUAGCAUGGCCCAGGAGACCGACCCUGCGGUGCAGACAGACGGCAGCCCUCUUUGCUGCCAUUUCCACUUCAGCCCCAAGGUGAUGUUCACAAAAGUACUGAAGGCCCAGCUGUGGGUGUACCUCCGGCCUGUGCCCCGCCCGGCCACAGUCUACUUGCAGAUCUUGCGACUGAAACCGCUAACUGGGGAAGGGACUGCAGGGGGAGGGGGCGGAGGCCGGCGUCACAUCCGUAUCCGCUCACUCAAAAUUGACCUGCACUCACGCUCCGGCCACUGGCAAAGCAUCGACUUCAAGCAAGUACUACACAGCUGGUUCCGCCAGCCGCAGAGCAACUGGGGCAUCGAGAUCAACGCCUUCGAUCCUAGUGGCACAGACCUGGCCGUCACCUCCCUGGGGCCGGGAGCUGAGGGGCUGCAUCCUUUCCUGGAGCUCCGAGUCCUAGAAAACACAAAGCGGUCCCGGCGGAACCUGGGCCUGGACUGCGACGAGCACUCGAGCGAGUCCCGCUGCUGCCGCUACCCCCUCACGGUGGACUUUGAGGCUUUUGGCUGGGACUGGAUCAUCGCCCCUAAACGCUACAAGGCCAACUACUGCUCCGGCCAGUGCGAGUACAUGUUUAUGCAAAAGUACCCGCACACCCACCUGGUGCAACAGGCCAACCCGAGGGGCUCGGCCGGGCCCUGCUGCACGCCCACCAAGAUGUCCCCCAUCAACAUGCUCUACUUCAAUGACAAGCAGCAGAUUAUCUACGGCAAGAUCCCUGGCAUGGUGGUGGAUCGCUGUGGCUGCUCCUAAGGUGGGGGACGGCGGAUGCCUCCCCAGCAGACCCUGCCCCUAGACCCCCAGCCCUGACCCCCUGCUCCCAGGCCCCAGAGCUCCCUCCACCUUCAGAUGUAACAUCAUGCCGUGUGCCCUGCCCACAGUGUGCACUGCCCACGGUGUGCAGUGCAAGCGAGGGAGGCAGGUGGGGGUUGAGGGGCGAGGGGUUUGGGGGAAAGGGGGGGAGGAGGGGCAUGGUCAGGUGGGGAAUGUUUGAGGUGAGAAGGUUUGGCAAGAAGACAGAGAGAUGUAGAGACAGAGGUAGAGCAGAGGGAUAGAGACAGAGGAACAAAAAGAGCAGCAGUGAGAAGGCAAGGGAUAGAGACGCAGGAGAGACGACAAGGCAGAGAGAAGGAGAAAGAGACAGAAGUGAGCACCAGGGGAGAGCCCCACGCCGAGCCUCCUCUCUUCCACUGGGAAGGUGAGGGGCUUGGUAUGGCUGGGGAGGUCCCCUGACGGCCAUUCUCAGUAAGAGAGGAAAUCAGAAUCCAUUCUUAGCUUCUUCUCUUUCUCCCUCCAGCAGUGGCUGGGGGAAGGGAAGUGAGGGCAGGGGCAAAAGUGAGGAUCUGGGGAUUUUAUUUAUUUAUUUAUUAUGACUUUUCAUUUCUUGGUAUUUCAUUUUUUGGUAUUUGGCUUUACUUAAAUAGACGGGCCCCUGCCCACUGCGCCCCAUCUGCCCCUCAUUCCCCAAACCCUGUUCUCCCUCAGUACUCCCCUACUUAAGCACUUGUUUAAAGCUUCCAGGGUUGAGAAUGGGAGUAGGGGGCAAGAGGGCCAACAUGGCAGUUUCCAACCCCGAAUCACCCCACUUAAGCUUCUGAGCCAGACGGGCUGAACUGAAUUCCAGCAGUCACAGAAAUGUAAGAUGUUAGGGUGUAGGAGCUGGGGGGGUGGGGGGUGGGGGGUGGGAGGGAGGGGCUCAACAUCCAGGAUCUGUAUGAGAGCCACAGAACUAACCCUCAGAUCUACCCUCACGGCACUGACUUCCUUAGGCAGAGGUGUGGCCUGCUUAUGCCCACAUUCCCCCCGAGCCAAGAGAGAGACCAAAGAGCCUGCGGAAUGCCUCUGCUCCCUGCCUCUACCUUCAGGUCCAUAAAAAGAAGAAUAGAGACAGCCCAGAGUCCCCAGGUCUGUGAAGGGUCAGGAGGGGUCAAGAAAGGAGUAGGGAGGCUGAAGGAUACAGGGCGUUUGAAUCCAAAUCACUGCUCUGGGCCAGGGAAUAGAGCCAGCACACCGAGGUAGAAGGGACUCUGGAAGGGGGACCUUCCAGUCCCCCAACCCCAAAGCUCAGGGUGGAGGAGGGUAGAACGAGGGAGCAGAGUGUCUAUAAUUAUUUUUAUCUUUUAUUUUUGGAAUCUAGCAGUACCUGGCAGCAGGGAGGGGAUGAUACAGUGGGGGAAAGCAUCUGACAAGGCCAGUUAGAGCAGAAGUCGGGAAGGAUGGAGACUUCCUGCUUUGGAAAGCUGGAAAGCAGGCAGGGACUGGUUGCCACUCCAGGUCACUAGCUGGGCCUAUUCAUUCCUUUCACAAUCCUGACCCAUCCUCCUCUGGACUCACUGUGCCUCAGUUUCUUCCCCUCGAUGGAAUGAGAAAAUAGCAGCACCCGCCACAGCCAAGAGAUGAAUUCUGAGCACUUACCACGGGCACUUUAUGGACAUAAAAUACCUCUCGCUGUGGGACAGAUAACCAGGGCACCAGAGUAGCGGUGAAGAGAUGUGAGGCUUAGAGGAGUCACAGGCUUCAGAGUACAAGUUCCCCUCUGCCUCCCAGCUGGACAGUGCCUGACACCAAGGAGCUGAGAACCUUCUGAUCCACACCUUACCCAUACCUCACCUCCAGACCUCCUGGCUCCAGGCAGGAGCCCAGAGGAUGUCAGGAGUGGAGGGGGAAAGAACCUUCAACAAAACGCACUCUGAGUAGCGCCAGCGGUCAUGGGUCUGAUGCAAACAAUACGGAACACAAGUAAAACCUGAGCUGGAACGCCGACCCGGAAGGCUUGUUCUUCCCGAGAGCAUGACUUUCCUGCCUGGCCCAGCUGGUGGAAGGGGCAAAGGUAUGUAACCACCCUUGGAAAGGUGAUGGUGGUGAAUUUGGGCAUCUUAUUCCCAUUCCCACAGUGAAAAAGUGAGAUGAGGUAUUUUGGUACUGGAAUGGGCAAGGGCUCAUUUCAACUUGCCUCCUCCCACGCAGCAGCAGUACUGACCCCCAGCCUCUUCUCUCUGGCCCUGUUCUUCAUCACUCCUUCUGCUCCAAUCUUGGAGAACAAGAUGCACCUGACCACCAACACCAUUCACAUUUCCUUGGUGGAAAGAAAGGAACAGAGAAGUGAAGAACAGAAGAUGCCUCCUCCAAGGUCAAAUGCCCAGGUCUCUUGAUCUUGGCACAGGGUGGGGAUUGGGCAAUAGGCAUCAGGUGACUUCCCUCUAGAAAUUCUAGAGAGCUGGGGCAGUAGACUUGGGGACACUUAGAAUACGCCCCUUUAAUGCCACCAAAUAAAGACCUCUGGGGGAAGGUCGUUCUCUUAUGAACAUAAAUCUAUGAGUUGGAAGUCUCAUUCCCCUGGUCUUCCUCACCCCCAAAGAGGCAUGGGGUAGAGAGGCUUGGGGACACAGCCCAGCAAACUAGUGGGGACUGGUCCCCCCUCUCACCUUAUGAUGUGUGUGGACCUGGCCAGUGCCCCUCUGAUCAUAAUUAGUGUAAUUAUUAUUUACUUUGUGUAUUUGUUACACCGUGUGUGUGAUUGCCUUUGUUUGUUAAGGGUGUCUGCGGAGUAUGGGGCUGACAGGGGCACUGGAAUGCCGGGAAAAGACCUCUUCACUGAGAUCAAGGCUUCCUGAAGGGAACCAUUGCAAAAAGGCCAUCAGGCAGUUUUCAAGUUAUGUGACAGAGGGCAAAGAUGGCCAUAGGGUGCUCUGAGUUUUGGGAUGGUCACAUGACACAAUCCAGCACUUGAACCUGAAAAAAGAAAAAUAAAAGCAGUCAAAGAGUUUA